AUGGACACACUCUUGCGCUUGUUCCCUGCCACGCUGAGUCCAGAUCUUGAUGUGCGUCGUGCGUCGGAGCACGAGCUACGUCAGCUAGAAGGCCAGCCAGGCAUGCUUGCAGCGUCGUUUCAGAUCGUUGCCUCUUCUGAUGUAGAUAUGUCUGUUCGUCAGGCAGCUGCUAUCUAUGUGAAGAACCGGAUCGCCGUAUGUUGGGACGCGUCGAUGGCUCGUGGGCCGACCGAGUCGCCCCAUGUGCCUGAACAGGACCGACAAGUCGUGCGCACGGCACUCUUGCCAACGAUUGCAUCUGUUCCGCAGACGCUCCGUGUGCAUGUUGCUAGUGCCAUGAACUCGAUCGUUCGCUGUGACUUUCCUGAUGCGUGGCCGACGCUGCUGGACGAGAUUGUGCAGCUGCUUGGCUCUGGCGAACAAGUCCAAAUAUAUGCGGGCGUACGUGCACUACUCGAGACGGUGCGUGCGUUCCGCUUCGACAGUGCGCACGCGAAGCUUGACAAGGUGGUGUCGUGCACGUUUCCGACGCUGCUGGCAACCGUUAGCGCGCUGAUGGACUCUGAGCAAAGCGAUCUGCCAGCUGUGGGUGAAAUUGUGUACUAUGCGAUGAAGACAUACAAGACAAGUAUGAUCGUGACUCUGACACAGCACCAACAGUCACACGAAAGCAUUGUGCCGUGGGGCACGCUCAUGCUGCGUAUUGUGCAAAAGCCCGUGGUUCUUAAGAACGAGAGUGGUGCAACCGUGCACGAGGGUGCCGAAAGCUCUAUUGACGAUGAAGCCAAAGAAAAAGCGCCUUGGUGGAAGGCGAAGAAGUGGACAUUCUAUUCGCUGAACAGGCUCUUUUCGCGCUAUGGGAUCCCAUCUCAGCUGCCAACGGGCAUGAAGUCGUACAAGCCAUUUGCCGAGACAUUUCUUCACAACUUUGCUCCUGAAAUCCUCAAGGCAUACUUGCACACGGCGCAUGCCAUUGUGUCAGACAACAUGUGGGUCAGUCGGCCUGUUAUGUGUCACUUGUUCAUGUUCUUCGUCAACAGUAUCAAGCCGAAAUCCAUGUGGCACCAACUGCGCCCGCACAUGCAGCAGAUCAUCGAGACGCUUGUGUACCCGCGCAUGUGCUUCUCUGACGAAGACCAGGAGCUGUGGGAUCUGGAUCCGAUUGACUUUGUGCGCAUGAGCGCCGAUCCACUCGAAGAACUCGGCACGCCCUCUAGUGCAGCUGCCUCCCUGUUGAGCACGGCCGUCACACGGCGGACCAAGUCCAUGUUCGAGCCGACGCUCGCCUUCAUCACACAGGUGCUCAACGCAUAUCCUGCACAGUGCACGGCGCGCCAGUUCGAUGGCGCACUGCGCAUGUGCAUCACUAUCUGCUCAUCUAUGGUACACCAUGAGCGUGUGCAAAACAUGCUCGAUGCUUUCUUCGUGCAGCACAUUCUGCCAGUCCUACACAGCCCCGAGGCUUUCCUCCGCUUGCGCGCGUGCUCUCUCAUCCAGGCAUUCGACAGCGCCGGCAUGAAGUGGCAGACAAGCCAAAGCCUCGAGACCGCGUUCCGCGGCGUCAUGGACUGUAUGAUGGAUGCAGAGCUGCCCGUGCGAGUCAAGGCAGCCGAGGCGAUGGGCGAGCUGGUUGCCCACGACGAAGUGCACAAUGCCGUUGCACCCAAUGCGGGGCGCCUUAUGCAGGAACUGCUUAAGCUGUCAGACGAAACAGACUUGGACGUGUUGAUGACCACACAGGAGAAGAUCGUGAACAACUUUGCGGAAGAGCUCCUGCCGUUCAGCGUGCAGCUGACGCAGCAGAUGGCGAACAGCUACAUGCGUCUUGUGCAGGACAACCUCGCAGGUGGUGGCGACUCCCAGGUCGAUGGCGUGCAUGCGUUCAACAUGGACCAGUGCGAGGAAGACAAGUACUUUGCCGCGCUGGGAUGCCUUAGCACCAUGUACCAAAUGGUGACCACGGCUGAGUCGCGCCCAGACAUCCUUGCUGAGCUCGAAAAGGUGUUGCUGCCUGUCGUAGCAUUCACGAUCCAGUCAGAGACGCUCGACUUGUACGACGAAUGUUUCCAGCUCACAGAUGUGUUGACAUACUACCAAAAAUGCAUCUCUCCUGCGAUGUGGGACAUCUUUGUGCUGAUGUACAAGUCUUUCAAGUCCAGUGGCGUCGACUACCUGUCAGAGAUGAUCGGCACGUUUGACAACUGCGCCUCGUAUGGCACUGAAAUGCUGCGACAAAAUGCCGAGUACCGCCACAUGCUGCUGGACAUCUUCCAUACGGCCAUGACAGGCGACCAACUCGUCGUAAGCGACCGCAUAGCCGCGUGUCAGAUGGCCGAGGUCGUGCUUCUCCUUCUGAAGGGAUACGUCGACGAUGCAGUGCCUGGCAUCAUCACGACUCUUCUGCCGUUUCUACAGAACACGGCCGAAUCGCCGUCGUUCCUGCUGCGGAAAUGGUCGAUGCUCGUCAUCCUCGAGACCAUCUACUACAAUCCAACUCUAGCCGUUGGCGUCCUCGAGUCGCAGGGUGCGACGAAUGCGUUCUUCACGAUGGCUCUGCCUAUGCUGACCAAGUGUCGUCGUGUGCAUGAAUGCAAGGUCGCGAUUGUCGCUUUGCUCUCGCUCAUGGCUAUGGAUCCUCAGACCCUACCACCGACGCUCACAACCGGCUAUCCGCAUCUGUUGAACGCUUUGUUGACACAGCUCAAGCUGUUGCCGAAACUUGUGGCUCAGCGCAGCGAGCUGCACAAGGUCCUCGACGAAAGUCUCGAGGGCCAGGAUGACGACCUUGAGAACGAGGGCGCUUUGGAUGAAUUUGACGACGAUGCUGAUGUACAGGAAGAUGACAACGACUAUCUUGAGAUCCUUAAUCAGGAAGCUGCACGUCUUCGCUCGCGUGUGGCAAGUAUCGAUGGUGACGACGCCGCUGCUGGCGACGACGAUGAUGUCGAUGACUUCUUGGAUGAUUUCGAUGACGAUGAUGUCGUUUAUGAAUCACCGUUGGAGAGUGUGCCAGUCUACGAACCAUUCCGCACUGUCAUUCAACAGCUGCGCACACAGCAUACUUCGCUGUUCCAGAGUCUCACCGAGGGCUUGAGUGAACAGCAACAACUCGUCAUGCAGCAAGUCUAUGAUCUACAGGAUUCAGAAAAAAAUGGCACGACACCGGCUGCGGGAGCUGCUGUCUAG